AUUUCGUUGGGGGCCCAACGAAGAAAAUGCUGACUGACAUAACAAAUUUGCAGCAGGAGCACCUAAAGCCAUCAAACCAACCUGCCAAGAAGCAAUCUGCUACCCUAGGAGUUGACGAAUCUACUGACCAACUUCUGAAGGAAAAUGCGAUGCUGAUGAAGCUUCUGGCAAGCAGAAAUGCUAUUAUAGAAUCAAGUAAAGCAGAGCUACAGAAAUUGCAAGGCAAUUUUCAGAAACUGAGCAUGCAAAAUGUGGAUCUUGCUCGGGCAAAUAGCCAGAUGUUGGUGGAACUUAAUUCUAGUAGACAGAGGCUGAGGGAACUCCAGCUUGAACUAGGAUGCAAAAAUGGCAUACUCAAAGCUGCGAAAUUAGAACCAAAGGAAAAAAAGCAGACAUCAAAAUUGAAAGAUAAAAUCACUGCAAAUGAGAGUCAGCUAUCGGGUCAAACUUUUAAAGCAGAUGGAAGAGAGGAUAUUCUUUCCGAUGCCAAAAGGAGAAAAGUCUCUAAAUCUCAAUCUUCUGGAUCUGCUGUUAUUAAACAAGCUAACCCCAAAGAGAAGGUCGACAACCAAAGGCACUGUUUGAGGACGCAGUCUAUGGGGUUCAAAUAUGAAAAGCCAGGGGUCACAGAAGAUUCCUUAGAGAUUGAUGACACCAAACCAUGUGUAUCUCAUCUGCAAGAAAAUCUGGUAAAAAGAAAGGGACCAACAGCAUUGGGAACAACAGCUAAAGAAGAAACCAGAGUAGACACUGAAUAUGCAGGACCUUCUUCCAUUGUGCAAAUUCCCUUAGGGAAUAUCGAAAACAGAAGGCAAAGUUUGAGAAGGCAAUCUGCUAGGUUUAGGACUGAAAUAUCAGAAUCAACUGAAGAAACCAGAGAAGACACUAAAUUUUCAGGGCUUCCUACUGUUGAGCAAGUUGACAGAAAGGAGAAUGUUGAUAAGAGAAUUAUGAGAAGGCAAUCUGCCAGGUUAAAGCCUGAAGAUCCUAAACCAACUGAAGACUUGUUUGAGAUUGAUGAUCCAAACUUUGCUGUUCCUUUACACGAUAGUGUAAUAAAGAGAAGCAGUCCAUCAACCUCAUGUGUGGAUUCUGGACAACAAAUGAAAGAAAAUCAUUCCAUUAAGUUUGAACCUCAGGAAGUUCGAAGAUCAUCUGUUGGGAGGCCACUGCGUCGAGCUGUUGAAAAGGUUCAGAGCUACAAGGAAAUUCCAAGGAAUGUGAAGCUGCGCAGAGCUGACUGAAUUAUAGGUGGAUGAAAAGCAAAGUGAAGUUCAAUCCCGCGAUAUUAAGUUCUUUGCUUCUUAUAGCUUUCUUGUUUGGACCCCAUUCUUGACACUUGAAAAGAAAGAAUACAAACUGAAGCUUGUUCUGCUGCGAUUAUCUCUUGAUGAUGAAAUGGAGAACACAUUAUGCAUAAGA